CAUAUCAAAUGAUACUUUCAUGAUACCUUCGAUCUCAAGUCGCAACCUAUUGAGCGUCGCAUAGUCGCUUCAUUAGCAGCGCAGAGCCGUAGGUAGAAGCCAUGGCUCCAGUCAUCGCUAACGCAAAUCUACCACCUACUCCUAAAAUCAAACGACCACCACCUCCAGGCAUCCAGACAAAUGGAGUCUCAUCAUCUCAAUCUUCGCCAUCUCCGAAUAUGUCGGCCAAGCGCCCUCCGCCCGCUAUAGCCAAACAGCAGCACCAACAAUCGCAGCAUGCAUCUAACUCCGCUAUUACGAACGGCGCCAACGGAACUUCUCAUCGGCCCAGUAUAGCCCGUUCUAGACGCGACACUGCUAAUCAAGGCCCGGGUCGUAAUCAGAGAAAUAACGCUUCUCUAAGAUCUGCCACUCUGGCGCCCGACACAUCGUUGCAUCAGUCUUUUGAGCCACGUCCAGCUGUGUUAACCGAUUCUUAUAUCCUCACGAAAUAUGCCGGCCAGCCCCCAUCACUUAUCGUGCAUCUUCAUCCCACUCAUUUCCGAUUUGAUCAGCAAGAUAGCGUCUUCCCGUACAAGUCUCCGAUGAAACUAUUUCUCGAUCACGUCAGAACUCGCACAGUACCCCACGAUAUACUGCCGGAUCUCAACAGCGGCGGUGUUGCCUUCUAUGAGGGCUGCUUAAUCGUUCAAAUACAUGAUCACAAAACACCUGCGCAGUCGAAGGACGUCGCGCGUCCGGCCUCCAAGACAAAUGCGGAAAAGCCAUCUUCGAUUCACAAUUACAACCCUUACAUCACGCCGUCCCCCUACGCUGCAUUUCCUAAGGAUAGCGCACGAAAUGGUCUUUCCGGAGGCGACGAGAAGCACGUUGAUACCGAUGCAGGCGAUAAGGAAAAUAUGCCGGCACCACCUGCUCCUGGUGAUGGAUCAAAGAGCAAAGUGCCGCCUAAGACCAAAAUCUUCACAGUUGUUCUACAUCCAACACCGCAGAGUUUACACGUGGAUUUGAUGAUCAAAGCAACAACUCCACGCAAUUCUGGAGACGUCAAGGCCGGCGCUGACUCCGGCAUGGUUCCUGCUACACCAAUGUCCGCCGUACCUCCGACCCCGACCAUAGCUGGUAUGCCACCGCCGGCUAAGAAAGUGAAACGCGAAAGGAUGGAGUUAGAUGCGAGCAACAUUUAUGCUGCAGAAGCACAGAUUUUACUAGCAACUGCCGCACCAUUACGCCUAGGAAUCCCCAAGAACAAGGAAGAGGCCAUCGCGCUCCUCGACAAAAUGGCUGACUCUCACCACUCUGAGCCGCCGCCGAAACCGAAGACUCGAAAGCGUACUGUUGCCGAAAGGGCUGCCGACGAGGCGUUGGCUGCGGAGCAAGAGAAAUACAUGCUUACAUACGAUGAACGGCGCUCAACUAGUACGGGUGGCGCUCAGGCUGGUACCGACGACAGCGACGGAAAUGGACAGUCGGGCACUACUGCUUUCGAGCCUCGCUUCGAACGAUUCAAGGUCCUUGCUGAUAUUAGGGCAGAGCAUGAGGCUAAGAAGGAACAGGAGAAGGCUCGGCAACAGGAGAACGAACGCAAGCUUCAACAACAGAAGCAAGAACAAGCUGCCUUGCAACGACAACAAGCCGAGCAACAGGAGAAGCUUCGUCGCGAUGAAGCUCAACGACAGGCCCAACUUCGGCAGCAGCAGCAGCAGCAGCAGCAACAACGACAGCAAGCCGAGCAACAGCAGCAGCAGCAGCAGCAACAGGAAGCCCAGCGCCGUGCGAUGGCCCAACAACAGCAGCAGGCCCAAGCACAGGCCCAGGCUCAAGCACAGGCUCAAGCUCAAGCUCAAGCCCAGGCUGCUCAAUCACCGCAGAAUACCCAGAUGAAUCAAAUGCCACAGGCAUCUCAUGGACACCCGGCACAGAACGGGAUGCCGAAUGGUGUUAUGCCGGCCCAAGCAGCUCACAGGUUCCCACAGCAGGUGUCACAGCCCCCCGUCUCGUCGCCCGUCGUUCGCCAGAACACCCCACAGAAUAUGUCAAGCCCUAUGGUUGGCAACGUGCCUAUGCAGCAAACAAACUCGGGCAUGGGGGCAAGCCCCCCAAGAUCAUCUUCUGUGGUUCAAGCUCAUGGACCUAUGGCCGCUCCUAUGGCCGUCAGCAUGUCCGCUAGGGGUAGCCAACAAAGCCAUCCUUCAAACACACCUCGUAUGCCGAGCGCGACGCCGCAGAUGCCACAUGGUACUCCGAUUAACCGACCGAUGCCGACUCCCCGAAUGACUCAAGCGAGUCCCCCGCCAGGCAUGAUAGCCCAAAACUCCCACAUGGGUCAGCUGAUGAUGGGUAAUCAGACUAUGGGUUCGAAUCAGUUAAUGGCUGCUCAUAUUGCCCAGCAGCAGCGUCAACACAUCGCGCAACAACAGCAAAUCCAGGCCAUGCAGAAUGCGAGUAUGAUGAACAGACAGAACCCUCAGCUUCAUAACCAGAUGCUCCAGCAACAGAUGCUACAGAGGCAGAUGAUGAACAUGAACAACGUGCCAAAUUCUAACAUGAUGACUGCCGCUCAGCAAGCUCAGAUUGCGCAGCGCUAUCAGCAGCAACUUAACAGCAUGCAGCAGCAGCACCAACAGCAGCAGCAGCAACAACAUCAGAUGCAAGGACAGAUGCCUAACCAGCAGAUGGGCAACCAAAAUUUCAUGGGUGCUGCUAACGGCAUGAAUCCUGCGCAAAUGGCAGCUUUACAGCAGCAGAUGCAACAUCAACUACAGCAGGGUCAACAGUCGGGCCAACCUAACCCGUUGGCCUUGCAAAUCCGGUCUAGGCAACAGCAUUUCUACCGGCAAAACAUAUCGCAAUUUGCGGAGCGAUUUGGAGGAAUUCCAAAUCUCCCAGCGGACAUCCAUGACCAGUUCAAACAGAACUGUUUUAAGAAGGCACAAGAAUCAGUGCAAAGAGAAAUCAUUCAACGGCGGCAAAUGGCACAGAAUAUACAGAACGGGAUGCACCAAGGCAUGCAAAACGGGAUGAACGGCAUGAACGGCAUGAUGCAGCAGGGCAUGUAAGACGGCCAUCAAAUUAUUUGGGUCGCCACAAAACAUUAUCCUUAAAUGGAUUGUACAAACAUUUACACUCGAGCCAAGGCGCAUACGGUC